AUGACCGACUUGAAUGGAGAUGAUCCUGAUGACUACUACUUAAACCUUAAUCAAGACGAAGAGUCACUGCUCAAAUCAAGACAUAGUGUUGGCUCAGAAGCACCCCACAGACAAGGCUCUCUAGUGCGGCCCGAAAGAAGUCGACUGAACAAUCCUGACAAUCCACAUUUUUAUUAUGCGCAAAAGACGCAGGAGCAGAUGAGUCAUCUGGACGUUUUGCCAUCGAGCACCGGUGUCAACCCAAAUGCGACCCGUCGAAGCGGCUCACUGCGCUCGAAAAGAUCAGUGAGAAGCAAAGCCAGCGGCCGCGAAACGGAUGGCUAUCUUUUACAAGAUAUGAACACUACCGACAAGAAGGAUUCUGUUAAAACAAGCGAUGAAGAUGUUGUCGAUGGCGACUUUGGUAAAGACGAUGCUGAGUUUGAUGUCGAUAACUUUGAAGAAGACUCCAUGCAGCCUGUAAAUAAGCCUAUCAAGCCACUAAAAAAAGAGGUGGACGACACACUGUCAUUUUGGCAGAUGUACUGUUAUUUUAUUACAUUUUGGGCACCCGCUCCUAUCCUUGCAUUGUGCGGGAUGCCUAAGAAGGAAAGGCAAAUGGCGUGGAGAGAAAAAGUCGCCUUAAUCUCUGUCAUCGUGUAUAUUGGUGCAAUUGUUGCUUUUUUGACUUUUGGUUUCACCAAAACUGUUUGUAGCAGUUCCAAACUACGUCUGAAAAACAACGAAGUAUCAACAGAAUUUGUUGUGAUUAAUGGUAAGGCUUACGAACUGGAUACUUCUUCACGUUCCAGCGGACAGGACAUUGAAGUGGACUCUGACACCCUUCAUGGCCCCUGGUCCGAUGCUGGCAAGGACGCUUCAUUCUUGUUCCAAAACGUGAAUGGUAACUGUCAUGAUCUCAUAACCCCAAAAAUCAACUCUUCCAUUCCUCAUGAUGAAUAUAACAAUUUGGCAUGGUAUUUCCCAUGUAAGCUAAAAAGUCAAGAUGGUUCUUCAAAACCAAAUUUUACUGUUGAAAAUUACGCCGGUUGGAACUGUCAUACCUCAAAAGACGAUAGGGACGCCUUUUAUGAUUUAAAGGCGAAAGCAGACGUUUAUUUCACUUGGGACGGUAUAAAGAACUCCUCUAGGAAUUUAAUCGUCUACAAUGGUGACGUCUUGGAUUUAGACCUUCUCGAUUGGUUAGCAAAAGAUGAAGUCGAUUAUCCCGUUGUAUUCGAUGACUUAAGAACUUCAAAUUUACAAGGCUAUGAUCUCUCAUUAGUCUUAUCAAAUGGGCAUGAAAGAAAAAUUGCGAGAUGUCUUAGUGAAAUUAUUAAAGUUGGUGAAGUAGACUCCAAAACCGUUGGUUGCAUUGCAUCGGACGUUGUUCUUUAUGUCUCUCUAGUUUUUAUUCUUUCAGUGGUGAUAAUUAAGUUCAUAAUUGCCUGUUACUUCCGUUGGACGGUGGCCAGGAAACAAGGUGCCUAUAUUGUGGACAAUAAAACAAUGGACAAACAUAUAAAGGAUAUUGAAGAUUGGUCUAAUAAUAUUCAAACGAAGGCUCCUUUAAAGGAGGUAGAUCCUCAUUUGAGGCCGAAGAAAUAUUUAAAAAAGCCAUUGGGUCAUAAGCGUGCUUCUACUUUUGACUUACUGAAAAAACACAGCUCUAAAAUGCUCCAAUUGAAUGAAUCUGUGAUAGAUCUGAAUACCUCCUUGAGUAAUUCGUUACAGUCGUCUGGUUCGUACAGGGGAAUGACAACAAUGACCACUCAAAAUGCUUGGAAACUCUCCAAUGCAAAUAAGAGCGCACAUUCUCGUAAUCCUUCCACACUAUUACCGACUUCUUCCAUGUUUUGGAAUAAAGCGACUUCUUCUCCCGUACCAGGAACGUCAUUAAUCCAAAGUCUUGACUCUACAAUUAUACAUCCGGAUAUUGUUCAACAGCCACCGUUGGAUUUCAUGCCAUACGGGUUCCCAUUGAUUCAUACUAUCUGCUUCGUUACAUGCUAUUCGGAAGAUGAAGAAGGUCUAAGAACAACUUUAGAUUCUCUGUCUACCACAGAUUAUCCAAAUUCCCAUAAAUUAUUGAUGGUUGUUUGUGACGGUCUGAUUAAGGGUUCAGGUAACGAUAAGACUACGCCAGAUAUAGCAUUAGGAAUGAUGGACGACUUUGUCGCCCCACCAGAUGAAGUGAAACCUUACUCCUAUGUGGCUGUUGCUUCCGGUUCUAAGAGACACAAUAUGGCCAAAAUUUAUGCAGGUUUUUACAAAUACGACGAUUCUACUGUUCCACCAGAAAAUCAACAACGUGUUCCAAUGAUUACGAUCGUGAAAUGUGGUACUCCUGCAGAACAGGGAGCCGCUAAGCCUGGUAAUAGGGGUAAACGUGAUUCUCAGAUAAUCCUGAUGUCCUUCUUAGAAAAAAUGACAUUUGAUGAGAGAAUGACCCAAUUGGAAUUUCAGCUUUUAAAAAGUAUUUGGCAGAUUACAGGGCUAAUGGCUGACUUUUACGAAACAGUGCUCAUGGUGGAUGCUGAUACUAAAGUUUUUCCCGAUGCCUUGACCCAUAUGGUUGCUGAAAUGGUUAAAGAUCCAUUAAUCAUGGGCCUUUGUGGUGAGACCAAGAUCGCUAAUAAGGCGCAAUCCUGGGUGACUGCAAUUCAGGUUUUCGAGUAUUAUAUCUCGCAUCAUCAAGCUAAGGCUUUUGAAUCUGUCUUUGGUUCAGUGACUUGUUUGCCUGGUUGUUUCUCAAUGUAUCGUAUAAAAUCUCCUAAAGGCUCAGGUGGUUAUUGGGUACCUGUAUUGGCGAACCCAGAUAUUGUUGAAAGAUAUUCUGAUAAUGUUACCAACACUUUGCACAAGAAGAAUUUACUAUUACUAGGUGAAGAUAGAUUUUUGUCAUCCCUAAUGCUGAAGACUUUCCCCAAGAGGAAGCAAGUGUUUGUUCCAAAAGCUGCAUGUAAAACCAUCGCCCCUGAUAAAUUCAAGGUCUUACUCUCUCAACGUCGUAGAUGGAUUAAUUCUACGGUCCAUAACCUUUUUGAAUUGGUUUUAAUCAGAGAUUUAUGUGGUACUUUCUGUUUUUCCAUGCAAUUUGUGAUCGGUAUCGAACUGAUUGGUACUAUGGUGCUACCUUUAGCCAUUUGCUUUACCAUUUAUGUCAUCAUUUUUGCCAUUGUCUCAAAGCCUACUCCUAUUAUCACUCUAGUUUUACUGGCAAUUAUUCUUGGUUUGCCGGGUUUGAUAGUUGUUGUAACAGCUACAAGAUGGUCUUACUUGUGGUGGAUGUUUGUAUAUAUAUGUGCUUUGCCUAUUUGGAAUUUUGUGCUACCUUCAUAUGCGUACUGGAAAUUUGAUGACUUCUCAUGGGGUGAUACAAGAACUAUUGCGGGUGGGAACAAGAAGGCACAAGAUGAAAAUGAAGGUGAAUUCGAUCACUCGAAGAUUAAAAUGAGGACUUGGCGAGAAUUUGAAAGGGAAGAAAUUCUCAGUCGAAAGGAGGAAACUGGCUCCUUGAUUGCAUAG